AUGAUUCCUCUCGCAAGACAAUCGGUUCUCCGGGCCGCGCGCUCGCAACUCAACCCUUCGCGGGCAUUCAACCAGCCCACGGCCUCUGCUUACGCCCGCCUCCUCUCGACCCUGGCCCUCCUCGAACAGCGUGAUGGCAAACUGCAGAACUCGUCGCUCUCCGCUAUCGCUGCGGCGCAGAAGCUCGGUGGACCCGUCACUGCCUUCCUCGCUGGUAGCGGUGUGAAGGGUACCUCUGCUGUGGAGGCUGCUAAGAUUAAGGGUCUGGAUAAGGUGAUGGCUGUGGAUAAUGAUGCUUAUGAGAAGGGUCUGCCGGAGAACUACGCCCCUCUUCUGGUUGAGAACGUCAAGAAGGGCGAAUUCACCCACGUCGUUGGCGCCCACUCUGCCUUCGGAAAGAGCCUUCUGCCCCGCGUUGCGGCUCUCCUCGACGUGCAGCAGGUUUCUGAUAUCACCGGAAUUGAGAGUGAAGACACUUUCGUCCGCCCCAUCUACGCCGGAAACGCCAUCCUGACCGUCCAAUCGUCGGACUCCAUCAAGGUCAUCACCGUGCGAGGCACCGCCUUCCAGGGCACCGAGACCGAGGGUGGCUCUGCCGAGAUCGUCGAGGGCAGCGACCCCAAGGCCCCCGCCCAGACCGAGUGGGUGUCCGAGGAGCUCGCCAAGUCUGAGCGCCCCGACCUGGGCGUUGCGUCCCGCGUCGUCUCCGGCGGCCGUGGUCUGAAGUCGAAGGAGGAGUUCGACCGUGUCAUCGUGCCCCUCGCCGACUCCCUGGGCGCCGCCAUCGGUGCUUCCCGUGCCGCCGUCGACAGCGGCUUCGCCGACAACAGUCUGCAGGUCGGCCAGACCGGCAAGAACGUCGCUCCCCAGCUUUACCUAUGCGCCGGUAUCUCGGGUGCCAUCCAGCAUUUGGCUGGUAUGAAGGACAGCAAGGUCAUUGCUGCCAUCAACAAGGACCCCGAUGCUCCUAUCUUCCAGGUCGCUGAUGUCGGUCUGGUCGGUGACCUCUUCGAGAAGGUCCCUGAGAUGACUGAGAAGCUUAAGUCGCAGGCUUAA